AUGAGAGACGACGACCCGGAGUGCGCCUUCGCCGUUCGCAUCGUCAAGCUGGAGCCGGCGCGCACGCCUCCGGUCCAAGGCCUCGACCCGACUCACAGCCCGCUGACCGGCAGGAAGAUCCGGCACGCGCCGGUCAUGCGCGUCUUCGGUUCCACGCCGCGCGGGCAGACGGCGUGCGUGCACAUGCACGAGGCGUUCCCGCACCUGCUCGUGCCCGGCCCUCACUGGCUGGCGUCGGCUCCGGACGAGCGGGUGGCGGCGUUUCGCCGGAGGGCGCGCCCUUUUUUGCGUGUCGUGCUGGUCGAGACGCAAGCCAGGGGCGUGGACCAGGUCGUCGAGGCGGCCGACCUCUUUCUCCUCGGCCUCGUGCCGCCGCUGCAGCGGGCGCAGCCGCCGCCGCAUCGGUCACCGACCGCCGCGAUUCCUUCCCAGGCCACCCACCUGUCCACACACCCGCAGGCGCAGCCGUACGAGUCGCACGUCGGGUCGACCUCAACCUGCACGGCAUGGACUUGCUCCGGCUGGGAGGGGGAGACGCAUGGCUUGUGCGUGCGGUACCUCGCGCCGCGGCUGACCUCUUGCGAGCUCGAGCUAGACGCGGCACCGGCGCAGGUGCUCAACGCGCGAGACGUGCUGCACGAGCCCCUCUCGUCCGCCCGCGCCGACGUGCAGAUGGUCUCCUCCCUCUCCAAUUUGUGGAGGGACGAGCGCGACAGGCGGGCAGCACUCGGGCUUGCCCCGCUGCGCGGCCCCAACGGGACUCCCGAGGGAGGCACGCCGGCGGCCGAGGCGUCGCUGCGAUGUGCUCUUCCUCCCGCACGCAGCGGUGCGGUGCUCGAGCAGAUCCUCGCCGCCACCGAGGCGGACGAGGAGGAGGGAGCGGCGGGCAACGAGGACGGCGGCGGAGGGUCCGGGGACGGCUAG